CAUAUGAUCGGACAUGCGCAGAAGUGUCAGCCAUCUAAAGGAAUCCGCAGAGUUGAUGUGAAGACGGACCCGCAAAAAGUUGGAAGUGAAAGGGAAAAUCGGGUUUACCGCAUUAAAGACAAAGAAGACGCGGAGACACUAUGAGCAAGCAACCCCAGAGUAUAGAGCUUGGUGCCAAAGGAAAUCCAGCCAAUUUUGACAGCAGCAAGAUGGCCGACAUGUCAGUGGAAGAAAUCACAAUCAGAGCCAACCAAGUGACUGAUGAGUCACUUGAGAGCACGAGACGCAUGCUGCAGUUGGCAGAGGAGAGCAGGGAGACUGGAACUAAAACCAUGGUCAUGUUGGAUCAGCAGGGAGAACAACUGCGGCGUGUGGAGCAGGGCAUGGACCAUAUCAAUCAGGACAUGAGACAGGCAGAGAAGAACCUUACUGACCUGUCGAAAUGCUGUGGCCUGUGUGUCUGUCCCUGCGAUAGAGUGAGAUCCAUUGAGAACGAUGGGCGGUACAAGCGUACUUGGGGCACUGGAAAUGACAAUGGCACAGAUGGCGAUGGAAGUGUGGUUUCCAGCCAACCCACCAACCAGCGCAACGGGCAGGCGGCAACAACAGCUUCCGGUCCCUAUAUAAAGAGAAUCACGGAAGAUGCACGAGAAGAUGAGAUGGAGGAGAACCUGGGGCAGGUGGGCAGCAUCAUCGGGAAUUUGAAGAUCAUGGCUCUGGACAUGGGCAAUGAGAUCGACAAACAGAACAAGACCAUUGACCGUGUUAACGAGAAGGCUGACAUGAAUAAAGCUCGUAUUGAUGAUGCCAACCAGAGAGCUAAUAAGCUUCUGUAGAGAAGCGAUUUUGAAACAAGCAGCUUCUCUCUCUCUCUUUCUCGUUUGUUCUUUUUUUUUUUAUCAAAUACACAAGCACCUAUUUGUUUGAAGGGCAAAAUUGUUUUAGCUUUAAAAAAUGUUCUUCCACUGCCUCCUGUGCCUUUGUGUCAUUUGUUUAGAAGCCUUUUUCUUGUAAAUAGAACUGCACACACACACACACUGCCUCAAUCAGGUCUUCGCCACUAGAUGCUGGACAAGCAGCGUGGCGUUACGCCAUUCUCUGGUAAUCGCUAUCCUGACUUUCUGUAAUUGUUCUCCGAGGGUUGCUGUUUCAAUGCCCUCUUCAGUGACUUGCCUGGGUCUUCAUGGCUGAUACAUUUUUAUCAUUAUUUUGUCCAUAAAAGGACAAGAGACCUGUGUUUCCGUGUCUCCACGUGCCUGUGUAAUUUCUCCUUGUAGGCUGUUCUGUCAUAUUAACCCACUUUUACUAGGGUUGUUAUAUAUAUAAAAUUGUUUACUUGUUAUAUAUCUGUCCUUGAUUGUAUCUAUAUUUAAUUAUUGAAAAAAUCUGUUAAUUAAUUAACCCUAAUGGAGUUUAAUGGAGUUUGUGUCUCCUGGCCCACACAGUUUUUGUUCAAAAUGACCCGUGUGAGCAAAAAAAAGUGCACACACAAUACAGACGUUUAUAAAUGUCACAGUAAUUGUUCUAUUCACUAUCAAAUAAAAAUGGCUAGGUAUUUAAAUUUGUAUUUGAAAUUUUAAUAAAGCAAAUACAGAGCCUCAA